ACAUGGCCUGCGCAGAACUUCUCGCACCUCCCUGAAGGUGCUAAUGAGGCUACCAUUGAGAGAUAUGCUAAGGAGAUCGCUGGCCCUAGCUUAUCUGUACAGAAGACUGUGUGAAGCUUCACGGAAGAACGUGAAGGAGAUCGUUGGGCCCCUGAUUAUACUCCAGGUAAUACUAACUUUACAUGUUAACGCUUUGUUUCUUAAUUUGUUCUUGUCUUUCGUUUACUUAUUUAUAUCUGUAAUUCAUCGCUUUGGGCGUGGGAGCACAUUCUCAUUAGGCAACCGGUGAGGAGUGUGGGACGUGGUGCAUUUGCGCCACCAAUUCUUCCACCCCCACAUGUGCCGUAUGGGUCGCAAUGGUCCUUUGAUAGACGUACAAGGACCCAUACAGGAUCUGGCGUGGGGUUCUACCGCGAUCAAUUCGAUCUACUUCGAGCUGACCAGUUUCGAUGGGACCCUUAUCCCACUGAGGCAUACGCUGCAUUGCCUCAGCACUCAGGGAUAUUGUCAUGGGCGUGGAGAGCCUCUAUACCUUUGAUAUGCUUCGACAUAGUCGAAGUGCAUCUCCCUGAGCGCGUACUGCACCAAUUUGGGAUGGUACAGGGCAUCCCGCUGCCUUGUGACACAGUGGUGGAUCUCCAUCACAACUCACGCAAGGGACGGGAGCCCAAGAACUGGUUGGAGAUCAAUUGGCGCCAUGUAGCUCGUUGGGAUCACAGGCUAGAGUUGCUGGCCCAAGGUGCGUCGAUCGAGGCUGUAGGCGCACCUACUUCGAUGGAUUACAUGCCGUGGUUCCUCUCCAUCACUCGUCGAUGGAUGACACCACGAGGUAUCAUCGCAGUCGCCCAGUACGCUCCCGCAGCACCGACGAUGACACAGUUUGCACAGAGCAGUUGUCAUCAGCUUCACCCAGGAGAAGCCUGUACGGGAGAUUGCCCAAGGCAUACUCCUAGGGACACAGUUUCAGCACUUCAUUCUAAAAGUCGUUGUGCCUGACACCACUAUGGACGAGCAAGGGUCAUCUCCUCAUCAUGCCGAUGUUCAUCUUGAGGAGGUAGACUUAACGUGCCCUGACUAUGGUGUCGGGUCCUCACAGGGUGUUGGAUCAUCCUAAUAUCAAUCACCUCCCCUACCCGAGCGUCAUGCGACAGCCUCUUACUAUCGUAGGAGGCGUCGUAAACCGUCACAGUUAGACAGGGUACAGGAGGAGAAUUAGCAUUAGUAUACUGUUUGUAUAUAUUGAACAUUAGCAACAUUUUGUAUAUAUA